AUGGAGCUGACUGCAGCUGUGAUCUCAGCAAAAAUGAGUGACCUAAUUGUUCGGGAGCUCGAGUAUAAGGACAUCAGUGUUUUUCAUUGGGUGGAUAGUAAGGUAGUUCUCGGCUACAUAAAUAAUGAGGCAAAAAGAUUUCAUGUGUUCGUAGCUAACCGUGUGCAACAGAUACACGAUUUGAGUAAAUCUGAUACAUGGUUUUACAUCGAUUCAUCUGCGAAUCCUAGUGAUGACGCCUCAAGAGGCAUAAGUGCAAGAGAACUUCUUUAUGAUUCUCGCUGGCUAAGAGGACCAGAAUUUCUUUGGCAACGAGAUCAGAGUUGGAAAAGCUCAUUAUAUAAAGCUGAUGAGGAAACUGAAAAUUGUUGGAUAGAGGAAAUGAGAAAGGCCACCUGUUUUGUCACCAAUUGUAAUAAUGGAUUUGUCACCUAUCUUGAACCAGAGAGACUGGAGAGAUUUUCUUCGUGGAAUUCAGCUAUUCGUGCCGUUGCCAACUGCAUUCGGUAUGUUCGAUUGAUAAAAUCUAGAGUACAAAAUGAGUAUGUAAUGGAGAAGUUAAAUGUAGAACACAUGAUGCAGGCUGAAAGGCAGGUUGUGAAAGGUUUGCAAUCUAAGUAUUUUGAACGAGAGAUCCAGUAUCUGAAAAGCGAAGUUGUAAACCAAGAUGACGCGGUUGUCAAUGCCCAUGUCAAACAAAGCAAUCUGAACAAGAUUAGCUCUUUGUUUCGCUUAGACCCGAUACUGGAUUCGUGUGGAAUAUUGAGAAUUGGGGGACGGAUUAGACUUUGCUCGACUAUUUGUGCAGAGAUGAAGCAUCCUAUUAUUUUUCCGAGGAAAAGCCACUUAACCACCUUGCUUAUUGAUCAUCAUCACAUCCAGGCUUGUCACUCAGGGCGAGGCUUUACUCAUAACAUGCUGCGUCAGCGAGGUUAUUGGAUAUGCGGUGGAUCUUCUGCUGUGUCGUAUCAUAUUAUGAAUUGUUUCCAAUGCAAACGUCUUAGAGGAAGAACUCAUUUGCAAAAAAUGUCAGACUUGCCUGAGGACAGACUUGAGGAGGCUCCGCCUUUUACCUUUUGUGGUUUAGAUAUUUUUGGAUGUUUUUACAUCAAAGAAAAAAGAUCAGAAAUCAAGCGGUACUGUGUUUUAUUUACUUGCUUGUCAUCCAGAGCAAUACAUAUAGAAACGGUAAAUUCACUUGAAACUUCUGCUUUCAUCAAUGCUUUGCGUCGAUUUCUAUGCCGAAGAGGGCCAACGAGAAUGAUCAGAUCUGACUGUGGAACUAAUAUAAUUGGAUGCAGAAAUGAUCUGAAUAAAGCAUUGCAAGAAAUGGAUCAGGAGACGAUAAAGAAUUAUUUACUUUCUGAACAUUGCGACUGGAUAGAAUUUAAAUUCAAUAGUCCAAGUUCGAGUCACAUGGGAGGAGUAUGGGAAAGGCAGAUACGAACUGUGCGGUCUGUGCUGGAACCUCUUCUAUGGAAAUGCGGAUCUCAAUUAGAUGACGAAGGGCUUAGAACAUUUUGUUGCGAAGCUGAAAAUGUGGUCAACUCCCGAGCACUAACAACAGAUCCUCUCUGUGAUCCAAGUAUGCCUGCCCCAUUGACUCCUAAUCAUUUACUAACAAUGAAGGCUAAACUGUUGCUUCCGCCACCAGGGAAGUUUCAAGAUGCUGAUUUAUAUGCUCGUAAAAGGUGGCGAAGGGUGCAGUUUCUGGCUAAUGAAUUUUGGAAACGAUGGAGGAAUGAAUAUGUACAUACCCUACAACACCGUCAAAAGUGGACAAAUAAGCAGAGAAAUUUCAAGACUGGUGAUGUAGUCCUAAUUUCAGAUGAAAGCUCACCAAGAAACCUUUGGAAGCUUGGUCGAGUAUCUGAGACAACUGCUGGAAGUGAUGGCCUUGUUCGGAGGGUAAAAUUGAAUGUGGCAAACAGGAACUUGAAUUCUGCUGGUAAACGAGUAUCUACACCGACAGUGCUAGAGCGCCCCAUUCACAAGCUGGUUCUUCUCGUACCAUAUGACAAAGAUAAAGAUUCUCGUGAGACGAAGAAAAUGGAAUAG